UCUACCCCAGGGCUUUGUACAGUGCUUGACUCAAACCCCCUGAGUCUGGGCAUUGCGCUGCCGACUUCAUGGAUUUGUCCACAGGCAGGAAGAGGUCUGGGAAGGACCCUAACCAGCAGGGAAGCAGAGCUCCUCUUAGACCCCUGGUCUGUCCCCAGGAUGCCAGGGAGCCCAGAGGCUCGGCCACCGAACCAGAUGAGGAAUGGGAGAAGUGGCCCGAGGGUCCUUCAGUGCUGGAGUCUAAGGUUCGAGCCCUGAAGGAGAAGAGGACGGCUGGGGGUCCAGGGGCACCUGGCGUGGCCCCCCAGGAUUGGCCCACCCCAAAGAACCCCAAGAGCAGGCAAGGAAGGGCAGAAACAGUGCUGCCAGCCGGGGAGGACGUGGGCACGGCCCCCCAAGCUCAGGUCCGCUCGUACCUGAUGGAGGCGCUCCUGCUGUUGGGCAACAGCGAAGAAGCAGAGUCUCAGCCUGUCCGUGUAGGGGCAGGUCCAGAAUCCCCUCCUCGUGCUCAUAGAGGAACUGAUGCUUCCAAGGGAGCAGGAGCAGGAUGGGGAAGCUGCCCCGGGAGGAGCAGGAGACCCCUCGACCCAGACUGUAGACAGCUGCAGGGAACUGACUGCUUCCCACAAGGCACGCUCCAGAGAGCCUCCCCGAGAAGCCCAGUAGGGCCUGAUGCUUGUGGGGAGCUGGGUCUAAUAGCCCAUAAAUCUUCCCCGGGAAACAACAAACCAGAUCCCCACAGAGAAGGUCCAGUCCCAGCACCUGAGGCCUCAGGCCCAGCCCUGGAAGGGCGGCUGUGGCAGAUUGGGAGCUGGAAUAGCUUGGCAGGUUCCACCUGUGCCCUGUCCCUGGCAGACCGGGUGGAAAGGAAUCGAGUUGUGCUGCAAGAGACGCUGAGCUUGGCAGGGAAGCGCCACCUCCGGCGGUACCAAGAAGUGGGGGCACCGACCCAGGCGCAGGAAGGAAAAACACCAGAGCCACUAAUGAGCGACUUGGACUGGGAUUCAGGCAUCUCCCUGCAGGACUCUGAUGGCUGCAGGGCCUGUGUUCCCAGCCAGGAGCUAGUGCUGAGUCCCCAGUCGGAGCAGGCCAAGCAGCUGCUGCAGCGUGGACGCAUGAAGGCCAGGACGGGCCCACUCCGAGCUAGCCACGACAUCCUCCCUGCUAGCGUUCCCCACCAACGGUUUGCUGGUGGGGAUCCGGCCCCGGAGCCGAGGAUGACCUCUGCCCCCAGGGAUGGGGACGGUUCCCACGGUGGAAACCUGAGCGACUCCUCCAGCGGGGAGUCUGGCUGUGGGCAGCCACGGAAGCGAGGGCUCUCCCCAUCCCGGGUCCGCUUCGAGGAUGAGUCCACCCGCGAUGCAGAGGUGCGCUACCUGGACAGGAUGCAGCAGCGGCAGAGGAGGAUGCUGGACUCUAUGGUCCGCUCCUGGACCCGAGGUCCCCUGGGCUCCAAGCCUGACCCCUCCGACUACAUCAAUGGCGACCUCAGCUGGAGGGAGGACAGGUGGGGCGGGCCUGUUAGGAGGCCUCCCGGUAGAGGGAGUGCCGGCGGGCCGGGCAGAAGAGACCCCAUGGGGCAACCCCCAGGUUCAUACGCCGAGAAGUGUGGUACCUGUGGCUCCUAUCUCCAGCAGCGUUCUGGGGGAGACAGCGCUCAGGAGGGUGGAGCCUCUGGUGGUCUGGACAGGGGGUCCCAGGGGGCUAUCAAGGCCUCCCAGGGUCAGGGCUCCCCACGCUGGGUCUCCCCAUCUCAGAGGCAGCUCCAAGUGGAGAGAGUCCAAGAGACCUACAUUGGACAGGUCACCGAACCAGAGGAGGCAGACUCUGCCCUGGACAGCACCGAUACCUCUGAAGGCGGCCGGACAGACAGCGAGGAGGCCGGGAUCUCAUGCCCCAGGCGCCUCAGAAGCCACAGUCCUUGCUCAAGGGCCCCGCAGGCCAGAGAGAAACAGCUCCAAGGCCGGGACGUGGAGCUGGGGAAGCCAGACAUCUCCCGGUCCCAGGGCAGCCCACCUUGGACCCCUCAGGUGCCAGCAGGGGAUAGGAUGACUGAGAAGAGUCGAAAAUUCCAGGUUCCAAGGGCGGAUGCCAUCCCCGAGCCACCAGCUGCUAUAAACAGUCACUCCACCAGAGAGGACCAGUCACCAGUGUCCCCUCUGCUUGCUGGAGCCGCCUGGGGCGGGAGCUGGGCUCACUGUGGGGGCACAGCCUCACUCCAGCCCAUGCCUCCAGGGUCAUGGGAGGGAGCCAAAGUUUUGGGACAGGAACUGCCAGAAAGCAUCCUGGUUGCCCCAGGGAGAACCUGCCGGAGACCAGUCCUGUCCUUUCUGAGGGCUCAGGGGCCCGCCCCACCAAAGCCCUGCAGGAGAGCUGUGCUGGCCAGGGACUCUGAAUGGGGUGGCCUUGGGCCUGAGCUCCCGAGGGACCCAGUGAUCGCCCGGCCAACCCUCCCACCUUCUCCGAAUGGCAGCGCCGGUGGAGAGCCAACAGCCCUGGAGACCCAUCCCGGUCCCCGGGUCCGGAGUCGACUGCGAGUGCUAUCUAAUGACAACUGCAAAAACAUCAGGCCCAGGGAGCAACCAGGCAGCAGGAGGACAUCGGCAGGGCAGAACCCCUGGGAGAGGAGCCCAGGCAGCCAGGAGCCAGGGCCACCCAGUGAGCCUGGCAAAGAGGGUGAACUCCCAGGCCCGCUUCCCUCUGCUGCCACCACUGGCAUCACUGUCUCCAUGGCAAUAGUGGCACCUCUGAGCAACCACAAACCCAGACUGGAGCCAGAUGGUGACCUGCAGGGGAAAAAGCUGCCAUCUGAAGACAGCACAUCACCACGGGAGUCACAAGGAGCCGAUCCAGAGCCCAGCGUGCCUGUGGCCGGGCCAGCGAGAGAAAACAGGAAAGGGAGUGGUGUUUCUCCUGCUCUGGGCCUGAAGAAGUUCUUCUCCACUCUGGGUCAGAGCACACGGCAGAAACUUGGCCGCUUCCGCAGCUACAGCCUGGAGCGGAUCCCUCCCCAGGGCCCCGACCCGGACCCCAGUUCUCAGGCAGGAGAAGCCUGGGGUUCCAGAGUGAAGAAAGCCCCUUCCCUGCAGUCCCUGAGGAUGGUGUCGCCCUUUCACCAACCACGGAAAGUGGCCUCCACUCUCAGCCUCCAGGGUCUCCUGGGCAAGGCCGAUCGGUCGGGCCUCUACCUCGUGGGCGACCAAAGGGGGCGACCCGGUGCUGCGGGCAGGCGCUCCCUCAGCGUGGAAGACAUCAGCGCCCCCAACUUGGCCCGCACGGUGGGCCGCGUGCUGGAAGUUUUCCCAGAUGGGACAAGCCAGCUCCAGCUGCAGCGUCCCCCGCAGGGCACAUUCGGCUUCUGGGUGUCCUCUGGGAAUGGCCGGCCUGACACAGGUUUCUACAUCCAGGAGAUGGUUGACUCCCACACAGCCAAAUUGUACGCCGGCCUCCUGGGAGUCGGCGAUGAGAUCCUGGAGGUCAAUGGGACUAAGGUUACGGGGCUAGGCCUGGCCCACAUCAACGAGCUCCUGACCCAGGCUGACAGCCUGUCCAUCCGUGUGCUGAGGCAGAGGCGGAACCAGCGGUAGACCGACGACCAGACCCGACCAGACUCUCCCUCCCUUCCUCUCCCCUCCCCACGAUGGCCUGAUCCUCCAGGGGUUUGAGCUGAGGAGGAGGAAGAAGAAUGCUCUAAUUGCCGUCCAGCCAGUCUGCAUUUCCUGAUGCUUAAACACAUGGACUGCGGGGGAGCCCAAAUCCGUGAGCUGUGGUGGUCUCUGUGAUGGACCGACCACCCUGGGGGUUUUGUUUGUGCUGUUAAUAUUGUUAUUUUGUAAUAAUUUAUGCAUGAUGGGGAAAGGCAGCGGGCUUUGCCACCCAUGGCCAAGAAUCGCCUGACUCCUGUGGAGGCGUGCGCAGUUCAGGCUGGGCGCUGGGGCAGGGAGAGAAGCACUGAGGCAGAGCUGAUGACAAGAGGUGGGCUUGGCUGGGGCAGGUCCCUCAGACCAAAUCUUAAUCGGGGCUGCCCCCUGGCUCCCCUCAAUAGUCAUUAAUUCAUUCCCUCAAUCGUAUUUAUUGAGUCCUUACUGUGUGCAAAGCACUGUACUAAGUGCUUGGGAGAGUACAAUAUAACAGACACAUUCCCACCCACAAUGAGCUCACAGUCAUUCAGCGGCCAGUUAGUACCCCUUCUGUACAAUAUUUUUUGUUUUUACCCUGCCGAAGAGUUACCCUGGGCCUCUAUGUUCCCCUGCCCCCUUGGCUCCUGCCAUCCCCCCACCCCCCCACCCCCAGACCUUAUUCCUUGGUAGGGUGCAAAGCUCCCUGGGCCUGCAGCCCAGACCCUUACAUGGGUGGGGGCGGACAGGAGGCUGCCUGGAGGAGGCUGCCUGGAGGAGGAUGGGGGCUGGCCCGCUUGUCUCUCCCCUGGUUCCAGGCAGGGCCUGGAGAUGAGGAAGAAUCUGCAGCUUCUCUGAUGCCUGGGGCAUAGGAUCUGAGCAUCCUUUGGCUCCACACAAAGUCAGCAACUGCCCCCUUGGUCUGUCUGUCUCUGGGCUUGCCCUCCCACUCUCUGUCCAGCUCUUUUUGGCUCCUUUGUGUUUGCCACGUGAUGGGGGAGGGGGAAGGGAGGACUGGGCAGGAAGCCCAAAUGGUUUGGGAUGGGAGGGGGUGGCAGGCUGGUGACAGGAGCGUGCCAGUCCUGCGCCCGCCUCCCUAUGCAGAAGGGCCACCGGGGCCCCGGGGGCAACAGGGAUGUGUUUGUUCACUCUCUGAGUUCCAUUCUUGGCGCCUGCUUUCUUCUUGGCAACCAGCUGGGGCUGGCGGGCACUGUGACUGCCUGACUCUGAAAUGAUUAAAAAUCAAAGACGAAC